GUCUGGCUGUUCUAUUCUCAACUCUUGCAAGCACAUGAGGACCGACGUCGCAAGGCGACAUAAGUGCCAUUGAGAAUUAUUCCAAGCUAAUUAAAGUGGACUGGACUCAGUGUCGCUUGACAGCUUUCGUGAAACUUUGGAGUUACAUAUUUCUGUAUUGAUGUUGAUUAAAGACCGCGCGGAACGCUUUCACAGUGUGAUGCACGUAAUUUGGAGUAGCCUAUUUCUGAGCCCUGUAGUAUAAUCAAAAUACGCAAUUUUAAUGCAACUUCUCUAUUCAUAAAAACGCGACAACAGCUGCAACCGUUGCAUUCCUGCGAGCGCAGGUUUGGGAAUUGUCACACGUUUUCGUGGAUCUCUGUCGUUCCUGGGACAUAGCCUACGCGUCGUGGCUGGAUGUUAAAGGCGACGGGUCACUGAGCGCCAGGACCAAGUGCCUCCAAAGUCCUCAACUCCCCAGCCUCUUUUACCUGAUGCCGAGCACGAUGAUUGUCCUUGGAAUACUUCUGAAUGUCCUCAGUCACGGUGGUGCGCUGGCUGGAUCUGUGGACUGUCUGGAGGCGGAGCAAGGCUGCGUGGAGGACCCAGGCUGUAUGGGGGUGUACAGGGUGCUGGAGUACUGUGCUGCUGAGGAGGCUGUGUCGCCCUUGGGCCCAGACGCCCGCCGCGAGUGCCUGGAUGCCCAGAGUGCCCUGCAGCAGUACCGCCCCCUCCAGGCCUGCAAGUGCCAGCGCAGCUCCCGCCGGGAAGAGCUCUGCCUCGGGGUCUACUGGACCGUCCGAUUCGCUAUGUACAACGAAUACGAGGUGUCGCCGUACGAGGACCUGGAGGCAGAGUUUGUGAGGCACAUCGAGAGGUCUCGCAUGGGCUCCAUCAUGGCAGCUUCCUCUCUGCCCCUGGAUGGACAGAACCAGUGUCUGAAAGCAGCCCAGGACUGUGGCCUUUAUGAGAAGUGCGGGUCUCUCAGGUCCGAGUAUGUUGUGGCCUGCACCAAGCGGGCCCCGGGCUCGGAUGGGAGCUGUAACAGACAGAAAUGCCACCGGGCCCUGCGGCGCUUCCUGGAGCGAGUGCCAGAGGAGUACAGCUUUGCCCUGCUCUUUUGCCCCUGCUCCGACGCCCUUUGCGGGGAGCGUCGGCGGAAGACCAUCGUGCCGUCAUGUUCCUACGAGGAAAGAGACGGGAAACCCAACUGCCUCAGUCUGCAGGGAUACUGUUUUCGGGACGAGCUUUGCAGAUCUCGGCUGGCUGAUUUCCAGCACAACUGCCAGCCCUCGUCCCAUUCUCCCUCUGGCUGCAUAAGAGAGAGCGGAGCCGUCUGCCUUAAGGCCUACGCUGGACUCAUAGGCACAAUCAUGACGCCCAACUAUGUGAACAACGUGAGCAUGGACGUGUCCCAGUGGUGCGACUGCGAGGGCAGUGGGAACCAAUGGCAGGACUGCCAGCGUAUCCUGCACAUGUUCGACAGCAACAUCUGUCUGCGUAAUGCUGUCAGCUAUCUGGGUAGCUCUCCGCCACGCCCCGUGGAGAUCACAACUUUGCCCCCCCGUCAGCAUGUGUCCACCACUCCUUCCCAACACAUGUUCCAGGACAAGGACCAGGUCAACGUCAACGUUUUACCAGAACGCAACAGCGUGACUGGGGAAGAGAGUGAGGAGGAUGAAGAGGAGGAAAGCCAGCAGUUCAACGUCAUGCCUCCAUAUUCGGAGAAGGAUAAGUCCAGCGUGGGUUCUGGAGCCCGUGGGGGCCAUAGAGGCUCGGCAGGUCAAACGGAGCCCAUGUUGCCACUACUGCUGCUGUCCGCUGCCAUGUUGGGCUGGAGGUGCCGGGGUUAACCAGCACGUCCACCUGUACCCCACUUACUCUCAGCCACAGCCCUGUACCCCACUUACUCUCAGCCACAGCCCUGUACCCCACUUACUCUCAGCCACAGCCCUGUACCCCACUUACUCUCAGCCACAGCCCUGUACCCCACUUACUCUCAGCCACAGCCCUGUACCCCACUUUCUCUCAGCCACAGCCCUGUACCCCACUUUCUCUCAGCCACAGCCCUGUACCCCACUUUCUCUCAGCCACAUUGUCACAUUUACUGGCACAUCUCCUCCAUGGCACCGGAACGGAAAGGACUGACGGAGACUAAAGCGCCAGGGGAGAACGCCCAUGCAGAGGAAAUGAACACUGUUUUCCGGGUUUCAUUUUUUACCCUAUGACCGCUGCCCUCUUCUGUCAUCUGUAGGUCUCCUCUCCCACUUCAUAUUUAGUCCUGGUAGACGGCCUCCUCUUUGCUUUUUACCGUUCAGCAGUAGACGGGGAGUUGAACAACAUGCGCAACUAAAUAAGUAAAUGGAUAAAUUAUUAAAGCCGCUCUGGUGAAUCGAUGGGGCCGUCUGUCCUGCUUCCUUAUUGGGCAUCCAGCUUGGCUCUCCCCCUUGGUCCUGAGCCCAAAGCCAGAGGCCAGUUACAGCAAAUUUCUCAAAGACAACAUGACAGCUGAUUGAUGGAACCAUGACAGUUCAUUUCUUUGAUUUGUUUAUGCCAUGUCUCACCUCAAAGGUUUUCUUGAUUUUGUUAUUUCUUUGAUCUUGCUGUGUUCCUUCAGACAGCAGGGUUGUGGGUUAUGGCCCUCUGUCUUUGUUGGCUUUUCACAUAAGCCGAACAAACACAGAAAAGAUUGAGGGACGUUGUACCAUAAAUAUUCUGUUUCUCUAUCUCUGACAUCUUUGUUUUUCUCCUUCUUCACCUCCUAGAUGACCCUGACCAGUUGUAACCAUUUGUGGUUUAUUCACCACUUAUUUCCAGCUAUGAGGAGUUCUGAGAAAAGGCACAGUAAUGAGACCACAUUUGAAUAGUGCCAAAGGAAAACAAUAUAAGCCAUACAACACCAAAGCAGGUGCAAAGAGGCCGUCCCAGGGUUGGGCUCAAGGGAGAGACGAACCAAUUUACUGCACUCUGAGGUUCAUGGUGUCUUUCUAUCCCGAGUUUUAGAUGUUACAGUUCAAGACAAUAUCACACUUAGCUGUGCCUGUGUUGGAGUAGUGUGUGAGUGUGUGUGUCGGGGGUGGGUGCAGCUCUGAACACUGAGCGUCUUUCUCGCUCGUUCUCUCUCUCUCUCUCUCUCUCAGCCCGAUGCGUCUUUUGCUGAUGUUCAUGUUUCUUUUCUUGCUACGCUCACUUUCUUGUGAAUUUGCAAAAAUUCCCUCCCACCUGAGGGGAAGGUGAGGGAAGGUUUGUGAUGGUUAGAGGGGAAAACGGCGCCACUGUGGAGUUGUCUACGUGAUGUGUAUUCUUCUCUUUCUUCUGGGGAUGGGCUGGGGUGUGUGUGCUCGUGUGUGCGCGUGCGUGCGUGAGUGGGGGGGUGUUAGAUCUGACUCACGUUCACGCGGAUAGUACACAAUGCUUAAAAGAGAUAAACAUCAGCUGGGCAUAUCUGCACCACAGCUCAUUGCAUCAUUCGUCACAAAUGUCUAAUGAAUAAAUGGGGAAAGGAAGAGGGGAGUAGAGGGGACUUCAUUUGGAGUGUUAAUUAAGCAGGCAAGAUGGCAUUAGUGAAUCCCCACACCCUCCCCAGUCUGGACAGUGACAAUCAUGACCACUGUUCUCAGAUUCUUUCUUUUAUAGGCGCCGUCAUUUCUCCCUGCCUGGCAAUAGAUCCUUAUGCUGGUGGUCAUGAAAGUGACUGGCAGCACGAGCGCUGACGUGGAAGCCACAAGCCUUGAUUCACACACGGGAACAUCCUAAAUAAAUAUGAGCAUAAGCCAUACAAGCAGACAUCAAGGGGGAUCAACUGUGCCAACUCUAAAUUUAUCACGUUGGCUGUGUUUGUACAGCUGUAUUCACGCACCGGCCCAAAUUCUUUAAAUAAUAUCCAAAGAUGUCUUCUUCUUGAUUUAGGGGUUUGUACUAAAAUGAAACCCAUGGAUAAAGUUGAGGGUAGAUGGGGAAUGAGACACUGACACAAUUCGACAGGUUUGGAGAGAAGUGGACAUGUAGAUACAGAGAGAGAGAGUGGGAGAGAGACAGGGG